AUGAAGGUCAUCCUUCUCCUGCUUAUGCUCAAUCUGCUCGAUGUCUCCAGUGUGAUGAUGAAUAAAAAUAUCAAAAAGAAGAUUGAAGGGAAUUGGCAAACUGUUUACUUAGCUUCUAGUACUGUGGAGAAGAUAAAAGAAGGCUCACCCUUGAGAACCUACUUCCGUCGCAUUGAAUGUGGGAAGAAAUGCAAGCAAAUCUACCUCUAUUUUUAUGUCAAGAGAGGAGCCAAUUGCCAGCAGUAUGAAGUCAUAGGAAAGAGAAAGCAAGAAUUUUACCAGGCACAGUAUGAAGGAAAAACAACAUUCAUGGUAAAGAUGGUGAAUGAGAAGAUAUUGCUGUUUCAUUAUUUUAACAAGGACCAUAGGGGCAAAGUCACACGAGUAGCUGGAAUUCUGGCAAAAGCCAAACAACUGACUAAGGAUGAGAUGACCCAGUACAUGGACUUUGUGGAGGAAAUCGGCAUUGAGGAUGAGAACGUACAACGUGUCCUGGACACAGAGCCUCCUGUAGUUCCCCGUGAUCUUCAUUAUGAAGCUGAAUACGACCUUAAAUUCCUGAUCCUCCUGCCUCCGCCUCUCACGUGCUUGGAUGACUGCUAA